CUCUCUCUCUCUCUUCUGAUAAGACUAUAAGUAGAGCGUCAUGGUUGGAGCGUUCCUCGCACUUUUGUCAAACCUCGCUCCAGAUUCCUCCUCUUUUCACUUUUUCAAUAUUUUAGAUUCCUCUCAUUCUCUCUCACACGCCAACAAAAACGCUUACUUUUUCUGUUUGUUUCUUGGGAAAACUCUACACACACUGUUUUUCUCACCAGUCCAACUGAUUUCUCCCCGAAUUCAAGGUUGAUGGCGCAGUUUCAGAACGACGAGCUGGAGUAUGUCGUCGAUGACUACUUCGACGUCGCUGAGUUCGAAGACAACGACGCUUUUGCUGAGAACCAGCUCCGUGGGAGCCAAGAUGCCGACUCAGACUUUGAGGACGACUUUGAUGAGCAGAGCAAGGUGAAGACUGAUACUUCAGCUAUGGAAGCUAGAAACGGGAAAGACAUACAGGGAAUUCCAUGGGAGAGGCUUAACUUCACCAGAGAUAAGUAUCGUGAGACACGAUUGAAGCAGUACAAGAACUACGAGAGCCUCUAUCGCCCUCGUCAAGACCUCGAAAAGGAGUGCUUGCAAGUAGAGAUGGGGAAGACCUUCUAUGACUUUCACUACAAUACAAGGAUUGUCAAGUCUACAAUUGUCCAUUUCCAGCUGAGGAAUUUGUUAUGGGCCACAUCAAAGCACGAUGUAUACCUUAUGCAGAACUUUUCAGUAAUGCACUGGUCCUCUUUGCUCAGGAGAGGGAAAGAAGUACUCAAUGUAUCAAAACCAAUUGUGCCUACUGAGAAACAACCUGGGUUGUUGGCUCAGCCACUCUCUAGAGUGCAGAUAAGCACUAUGGCUGUUAAGGAAAACUUAUUGGUUGUUGGGGGCUUCCAAGGCGAGCUCAUCUGUAAGCACAUCAAUCAACCUGGAGUUGCUUUCUGCUCAAAAGUAACAACAGAUGACAAUGCCAUCACAAAUGCAGUGGACAUUUUCCAAAGCCCUACUGGGUCAAUGAGGGUAAUGGCUGCAAACAACGAUGCUCAAGUUAGAGUUUUUGAUGUCCAAAAUUUUGCUUGCCUAAAUCAAUUCUCCUUUGAUUGGUCUGUAAAUAACGCAUCUGUUAGUCCAGACGGUAAGCUGGUUGCAGUUCUUGGUGAUAGUGCAGACUGCUUGAUUGCUGAUGCCCAGUCUGGAAAAGCCAUUGGAAACCUCAAAGGACACUUAGACUAUUCGUUUUCCUCUGCAUGGCACCCGAACGGACAAAUUUUGGCUACUGGGAAUCAAGACACUACUUGUAGGUUAUGGGACAUAAGGAACCUCUCAGAAUCCCUCACUGUGUUGAAGGGAAGGAUGGGAGCAAUAAGAGCCAUUAAGUUCAGCUCCGAUGGCCGGUUCAUGGCCAUGGCUGAGCCAGCAGACUUUGUUCACAUCAUGGAUACCCAGUCCGGGUACAUCAAGGGACAAGAGAUUGAUCUGUUUGGUGAGAUUGCCGGGAUAUCCUUUAGCCCCGACACUGAAGCUCUGUUUGUUGGGAUCGCCGAUCGCACAUAUGGUAGCGUAUUAGAGUUCAACAAGAGGCAUCACAACCAAUAUCUAGAAGCAGUGUUCUAGUGGAGCUUCUCCAAGUCCAGCACCCGUGUGAAGAUGGAGGUGUAUUUUUAGCUGAGGUUUUCUUAACUAACCGUGUUUGCAAAUACUAUUGGGGACUUCGAACUCAAGGGUCCCUCCGUAAUUAUAAUAGUAAGAUAGAUCCAGAGUUUUUUUUUUUUUUUUGGGGUGGGGGAAGAAGAGAAAAAAAAACAUGGUGUUGGCGUUUUGCUCUCUUAAUUGUGGUUUGGGUGCCUAUUUCUGUGAAGUAUUUUUUGAGUAAGCAGAAAUGGAGAACAACUUCUGGUCUUGUAAAGGUCAUUCCGUUCAAUGAGUAUAUUGAAAACAGAUAUGGUUUAUUCAAUAUUUUGUUCGUUUAAAAUUCUUGAA